AUGUCCAUGACAGACGCUCCCCGGCGCACCCGCCCAUCGACUGCAACUGCCCGACCUGCUAAGGUGUUGCUCGACACGAAGAUCAAGAGGCGAUCCCCGGCUCAAAAGGCUGCAGAUGACCUUGUCAUCAAAGAAGCGAGAGAAGCAAAGGAAGCAGCGCACCAAAAGGGGGUUGAGCGUAUUGCUGCUCUGCAGGCUGAGAUGGAGAAAGCCCAGAAGGAAUUGAUCAUGAAAAAGGCGACUCCCGUUCGGCCCAAGCCUAGGGCCAAGGCGAUAAAGCCAAAAGUGACUCAGAAAAAGUCUGUGGUAGGAGACACCGGUGGUGGUGACAGUCCUGCUGAUAGUGGUAUGUUGGAGGACCUAGUGUCAGAGACUGACAUUGCCAGGGAUGUGGAAAAUAAAGCUGCAGGAAGGGGGAAAAAGAUGGUGACGAAGAAAGUCGCAAAGACGUUGAUAAGGGAUGCCAUCAGUAACAUGCAAAAGAAGCUCACUGAAUCAUCCGAGUCAAAAGUGGAAGGUGAUGAUGCACGUGCUGAUGGGAAAUCACCUAUCAACACAUCCACAAAACUUGCAUUAGGUGGCCGAGUGACCAACUGGAUCUCAGGGGUCAAACCUGGAAAUCCAGAGCCGCUGUCAUGUCCAUCCAUUGAUAGCACUUCAACUCGAGCACCUCCGUCAUCAAUUUUCUCAGAGGGCAAUGCUUCCUCCGCACCGACUUCAGCCGCUGAGCUUCCGACUAAGAUUCCUGCAGCUUUGCCUCAAAUUCCGGAUGGUGUCGCAGACGAUACUCUUACUGGCGCGUUUGCAGAUGAUAUCGACGAUUCGUUGGAGCGUGAGGAUGCUCUCUUGGGGAGCAAGAAAAACAAGGGGAAAUCUAAGGUUGUCACGCUAUACGAAGAGGACUAUGAUGUCGAUGAGCCUGAGGCUCCACCAGAGGCAUCAGACGACUCGGAUGAUGAGCUUAUGGCUCUGUCGACACAAGUAUUACCGGAGGAGCAGUACUCACAGGAGCCUAAGGCGCCAUUCACACAGGAAGACAAUCAUAUGUUCUUGAAGCGGAAAGCUAGCACCAUAGACGAUGAGGAGUCUUGGUGUCCUGAAGACGCAAUCAUGAGUUCUGAUUCGGAGGCACCGCUCCCUGUCAAAACUAACGCAGCAAAGAAGGAGAAAAUUCUGCGCACAACAUAUUCAACAUCCGUUACUGCAUCUCAGGCUAUAGUCGACAGCAAGCCGCCAGCUCAUAAAAAGGCUAAGGUCAAAUCUUCCGCACUACAUGCCCGUGGUGCUCCUGCUACCACACGCCAGCAGAAUGCAGAUACUGCACCAGACAACAUCAAAGCACGCACGCUGGCGAAGAAUUUUAUCCCUACCAUAAUGCUGUGGGCCGGAAGCUAUGAAGAUAUCUGGAGUAUUCCUGACGAGGUCCUUCUCCAUCAUGCGCAGCUUGUUCUUAACGCAGUGUACAACGAUCUCGACAUAGUGGUUGUUCACGGGAGUGGAGUUAUACAUUCACUCACUGCACAGCGCAUUUCAGAGUGGCGCAGCAAUUUUGGCUCCACAGGGCUAGUCAUCAUCAUGGACUUUUUAUCACGAAAUUCCGACGUGAAUCCUGUCAAACUGGCCAAAUCUCUUAAUGUUGAAUGGGCAUUCUUGUUCGAGGACCCGGACAAUCCAUCUCCACUUACUGCAUACCGCUCACCCUUUGUACUGCAGUUAUUUGGCACAGCACACCUCAACGCCAUCACCGGUUAUGUGCAGGUUCCCUCAUUCGACAUGUGCGCACUUGCAACAAGUGGGAUGUUACGGCCUCUUGCUCUUUCUGCUGCAGCGAUUGAGCGCGCUGUCUCCAUGAUCGCAAAUGAAGUACUCGAAGUUCAAAAUGUUCUGUCAUCCGCAUCAAGAGGUCGGGUUAGCAUCAGGCUACCGAAGGUCCUCAACAAAGUUACUGGGAAAAAGACCAACAUUCCGUUUUUAUUUUCGGCAGCUCUCUGGCUUAAACCAACUAAUUCGUACAUCAAAUCUCUGUUAGGCAAGCCUGCUGGGUACCUCGAAACUACAGUACAGAUGGCGCGUACCACCUUGAAUGAUGUCACUGAAACACCGUUGGGCUCGCUGAUCGACGAUGACGAGUCGGAGGAUGACAAGCGUGCUAUGAUUUCACCUGCCAGUGCAUGA